GUGACGGCGACGUCCAGCGUGUCCUCGCCGGGCAACCGUCCUAGAGAGCGACCCGGCUGGCUGCGGGAUGAGCGUGAUCUACCCGCUGGCGGUGCCCAGGGGCCGCCGGCUCUGCUGCGAGGUGUGCGAAGCCCCCGCCGAGAGGGUGUGCGCGGCCUGCACAGUCACUUAUUACUGUGGUGUGGUUCAUCAAAGAGCUGACUGGGGCAGCAUCCACGAGAAGAUAUGUCAGCUCCUGAUUCCGCUGCGCACUUCCAUGCCCUUCUACAACUCAGAGGACGAGCGGCAGCACGAUCUGCGGCAGCUGCAGCAGCGGCAGAAGCACUUGAUUGAAUUCUGCUACACUGUAGCCCAGAAAUAUCUCUUUGAAGGAAAGCAUGCAGAUGCUGUCCCGGCAGCUUUGCAUUCUCUGCGCUUCCGCAUGAAUGUGCACGGCCUGAGUUCAGUAGAGCUUGUGCCUGCUUACCUGCUGUUGGCCGAGGCGAGCCUUGGUCUAGGCCGGAUUGUCCAGGCUGAGGAAUAUCUAUCCCAAGCCCAGUGGACAGUCCUCAAAUCAACUGAAUGCUCCCAUGCCACCCACUCGUUACUGCAUCGGAACCUGGGACUUCUCUAUAUGGCUAAGGAAAACUAUGAGGAAGCCCGUUAUCAUCUGGCUAAUGAUAUUUAUUUUGCCAGUUGUGCAUUUGGAACAGAGGACAUCAAGACCUCAGGAGGCUACUUCCACCUGGCUAAUCUCUUCUAUGGCCUUAAAAAGUCGGACCUGGCAGACACGCUGUACACCAAGGUCUCUGAGAUCUGGGAUAAAUAUUUGGACGAUCGCUAUCAAGUUCUCUCGCAGGCUCGCAUCCAACAAAUAGAUUUACUGGGCAAACAAUUUGAGACUGACACCGGCUUGGAUGAAGCCCAGGAAGCAGAAGCCAUUCGGAUUUUGACUUCAAUCUUGAACAUUCGAGAAUCGACAUCUGACACAGCCCCCCAGAAAACUAUCUUUGUUCUGAAAACUCUGGUCAUGCUUUACCACCUGAUGAUGAAUUCUUCAAAGGCACAAGAAUAUGCCAUGAGAGCCUUCAGUCUAUCCAGAGAACAACAGCUCAGUGACCAAGAACAGAGCACCAUUCAAGAAUUACUAAGUCUCAUCUCAGCUGAAGAAACUCAUCCCGUUACUUAGUGACCCAUGAGCUCCACGUCAGGGGCUGUUCAAGGGGCUACUGAACAUCUACUAUAGCCCAGCCUCGCACAACUGCUUUGAGGUACCUGAAUCGCUGAAGUUCCCACCCUCUCCCCCUGCAACUGCACAUAUAGCUGUGUUUUUAUUCUUACAUAGCAUAUGGAGGGAAUAUAGGGCUUUAGGCAUAGAAAUCAGUAAACCUGUUAUUUAUCAUGACCUUUGCACUUGGUUUAUCGUGACUUUGCAUGACUUUGAGUAAUGUGCUGUCAGCUCACUAACAUGGUAUUUGUAAUUAAAUUGCAAAUAGUUUAUCAUAUUUCCCAGAAGUCUCCCAGUGAUGCAUAUUUCAUAGAUCUUUGCCAGAGAAGGGGGUCGGGAAUAAAGCUAUAUUGGAGCAAAGUU